UCCCUGCUGCGUAGGCGUUGCGAGAAGCUUUCAGGCGGCUGGCGCGGCUCGGCGUCGUCAUGGAGAGCGGAUCGCGCCCCUCGCUGGGCCAGUUCAUCCUGCUGGGUACCAGCUCGAUGGUCACCGCCGUGCUGUACUCCAUAUACCGGCAGAAGGCCCAGGUCGCCCAGGAGCUCAAGGGAGCUAAGAAGAUCCAUUUGGGUGAAGAUUUAAAGGGCAUUCUUUCAGAAGCGCCGGGAAAGUGUGUGCCUUAUGCUGUCAUUGAAGGAGCUGUGCGGUCCGUUAAAGAAACACUCAACAGCCAGUUUGUGGAAAACUGUAAGGGAGUGAUCCAGCGGCUGACGCUUCAAGAGCACAAGAUGGUGUGGAACCGAACAACCCACCUUUGGAAUGACUAUUCCAAGAUCAUUCACCAGAGGACUAACACUGUGCCCUUUGACCUUGUGCCGCACGAGGACAGCGUAGCUGUGGCUGUGCGGGUGCUGAAGCCCCUCGACUCGGUGGAUCUGGGCCUGGAGACUGUAUACGAGAAGUUCCACCCCUCCGUGCAGUCGUUCACUGAUGCCAUUGGCCACUACAUCAGUGGGGAGCGGCCCAAAGGCAUCCAGGAGACAGAGGAGAUGCUGAAGGUGGGGGCCAGUCUCACCGGGGUUGGAGAGCUGGUCCUGGACAAUAACUCGGUCCGCCUGCAGCCUCCCAAGCAAGGCAUGCAGUACUACUUGAGCAGUCAGGAUUUUGACAGCUUGCUGCACAAGCAGGAGUCCAGUGUGCGGCUCUGGAAGGUUCUGGUCCUUGUGUUCGGCUUUGCCACCUGUGCCACCCUCUUCUUCAUCCUGCGGAGGCAGUACCUGCAGCGACAGGAGCGCCUGCGCCAGCAGCAGCUCCAGGAGGAGUUCCGGGAACACGAGGCCCACCUGCUGAACCAAGCCUCGCCGGAGGACAGGGAGAGUCUGAAGAGCGCCUGCGUCGUGUGUCUGAGCAGCUUCAAGUCCUGUGUCUUCCUGGAGUGCGGGCACGUCUGUUCCUGCCGCCAGUGUUACCUCGCCUUGCCAGAGCCCAAGAGGUGCCCGGUCUGUCGUCGGGAGAUCACCAGGGUGAUUCCCCUGUAUAACAGCUAGAGGUCUUGCAGUCGCCCUGCAAACGUCCCUCCCCUUGUCAGGGGCUGUCUUGAGGCCUUUGGUGGGGUGGCCGAACCUUAAGGUACGAUGGAGGGAGACUGUUGAGCCCCACAUCUCCAACAGCUGGGUGUUGCUUUCCAACUGGACAGGUCCCUUUCUAGGUCCAAGCACCUGGUGGGGGCUGUCGUGAGGUCCCCUUCUCAGGAGCCAGAUCGUGUGUGACUGAAUAAGACCAGCUCAUCGUCCAGGCACCCAGGCCAGCAGUCUCGACUUUUGCUCCCUGGGGUACUGACUCCCGAGCGCUGAGGGCCUUGUGGUGUGGCCCCUUGGGAGACUGCCCAGACUCCUCUUCUUGCUUCUGUCCAUGGGAAGGAAUUUCUUAAAACUUGUCAGGCAGGACAGGCCUCUUGUGUCUCUCCUUUACUAGCUUACUGGGUAAUGUUUGCAUGUGGAGAAGGCGACAGGAAGUGAAAUCAGCAUGCCUGCAUGGCCCAUGUGUGUGGGACACAGGUCAGCAGGAGGACAAAAGACAUUUCUGGGUGUUUCUAAGAGGUUGUUCAUCCAUCAAACACUGUAUAUUUCCUGCCUACGGAAGUAAAAUGACACCCAGUUCUGUCCUACAGGGCCUGGAAUGUGUUUCAGUGCAUUCUACUGGUUUUCUAUGGAAAGGCCUCACUGAAAGUGAGUGAAGGUCACUGUUGUCUUGGCCACUGGCCUUUCUAGCUUCUCUGCUUGCUUUUGCCAAAGAAAGGUAGCUGUUGGGCUCCCUCCCAGCGGGCCUGUCAAGACUUCUUCACUGUCCCUGUCAACAGCCCCAGCAGGGCUCCCUCCCCCGGCCCCCACCUGUGAGUGCAAAAGAAAUGGGGGACUGUCCUUCAUCUGAGCGGUCAGGAGUCCCUCCCGAGCUCCUCUUCUGAAUAUUUACCUGCCUCCUUCAUGAUGGGGAGAAGGCUUCUUCCAAGCGCUGACCCUGUACAUGCGCUGUCCGAGUGAGCACACAAAUUAAACAGACUGCGUCACAUG